AUGGGCGGUCCUUUCGCCAAACAGGAGAAGCAGCCUGGGGACGCUGUUCAGUCGCUGAACGGCUCCUCCCAGAAGGAUAUCGAGACCGGCGACGACGAGCUGCACCGCGGCCUUUCGGCCUUCCACUUGCAGUUCAUAGCUAUUGGAGGAACCAUUGGGACCGGUCUAUUCCUGGGUGCCGGCAAUGCGCUGGCGGAGGCCGGCCCCGUGGGCUGCCUGAUCGCCUUCAUCUUCGUCGGCACCAUCGUGUUCUCGAUCAUGACGAGCCUGGGCGAGAUGGCCACCUUCAUCCCCGUGGCCGGCUCCUUCACCAUCUACGCGUCGCGCUUCGUCGACCGCUCGCUCGGCUUCGCCAUGGGCUGGAUCUACUGGUUCAGCUGGGCCACGACCUUCGCGCUCGAGCUCGUCGGUUCCGGCAUCGUCAUCCAGUACUGGGACGCCAGCCUGAGCAUCGGCAUCUUCAUCGCCAUCUUCUGGGUCGUCUUCACCGCCGUCAACUUCCUGCCCAUCCGCUGGUUUGGCGAGUUCGAGAUGUGGUUCUCCAGCAUCAAGGUCGUCACCAUCGUCGGCUUCAUCAUCUUCGCCAUCUGCAUCGACGCCGGCGUCGGCCAGCAGGGCUACCUCGGCUUCCACGCCUGGGUCAAUCCUGGCUCUUUCGCUCAGUCGGAUCUUGUGUCCGGCGGCGUUGGCAAGUUCGUUACCUUCUGGUCGGUGCUCAUCACGGCCGGGUUCGCAUACCAGGGCUCCGAGCUCGUCGGUGUCGGUGCAGGCGAGACUGCCAACCCCGAGAAGGCCGUGCCAUCCGCCAUUCGGUGGACGUUCUGGGGUAUAGUCUCACUUUUUGUAUCCACCAUCUUCUUCAUCGGCCUCUGCGUGCCGUAUGACAACAGUGCCCUUACGAUCGGCACCAGCGAUGCGUCCGCCUCACCCCUCGUCAUCGCCGCCAACCUCGCCGGCGUCCCGGUACUCCCACACAUCAUCAACGCCGUCCUCCUGACAGCCGUGCUCUCGGCCGCAAACUCGAACGUCUACUCCGGCAGCCGCAUCAUCGUCGCCCUCGCCAACGAGCACCACGCGCCCGCCUUCUUCAAAACCACCAACCGCUUCGGCACGCCGUACUACGCCGUCGGGCUCACGUCGGCCAUCGGCCUGCUCGCCUUCCUCAACCUGUCGUCCAGCGGCGGCGACGUCUUCAACUGGCUGCUGAACAUCACCGGCGUCGCCGGCUUCAUCACCUGGUCCUGCAUCAACAUCUGCCACCUGCGGUUCAUGAAGGCGCUGAAAAUCCGCGGCAUCCCCAGGAGCGAGCUCGCCUACAGCGCGCCCAUGCAACCCUAUCUCGCCAUCUACGGGCUGUUCUUCUGCAUGUUGAUCCUGUGGACGAACGGUUUCACCGUGUUCAUUCAGUGGAGCACGGGCGAUUUCUUCGCGGCGUACACGAGUCUGAUUCUGUUUGUCGUCCUCUAUCUGGGACACAAGGUCAUAUUCCAGACGAGUUUUGUGAAGAUAGCCAACGCUGAUAUAGAUAGCGAUCGUGCUGUAAAACAAUAG